ACAUAAACGUGACUCGCAGUCGUUCCUCAGCCAGUUGACAUCACUGUCUGCUGCUGUAUCCAGGGAGAUGAGGACUCUCUUUAUUUCAGUGGCUCUCCUCUGUUUCUGUGCUUGCAGCUUUGGCUGUGACACAAGACUUCAGAUGGAUUGGGACUUUCCAGGUUCAGAUGUUGAAAUCCUUUUCUCCCCGGACGCUGAACAUUGUCAGUUCCUCUGCACUCAGGAGGCGUCUUGCCAAUUCUGGGCGUUUAUUGGUCCUGACUGCAGGGUCGACAACAGACACUUCUACUGCUUCCUCAAGGCCACAGCCUCAGGAAAACCGGAAAGACAGAAUUUCAAGCAGGGAACCACUGUUGGUUAUUCUCUAAAGACCUGCAAUCCAGUUCCAAAACUGACGCUUUGCAAAGUGUACAACGGCGUGGACUUCCCCAACGUGGACUACAGAACCUUCUUCACAGCAGAUUACCAGACGUGUCAGAAAGCCUGCACCGACGAUCCUUUCUGUCAGUUCUUCAGCUUCCUCGAUGGGGGUUUUAACAACCAAAAUGUCCGGUACAAGUGCCACCUGAAGUACAGCUGGUCAGUACCAAGAACACCAACUGUCAUAAGCGAUGCUGACAGAAUAUCUGGAUUUUCCUUUGACUUACAACUAUCUCCACCCUCUAGAGAGUGCCAGCGCACACUUUUUCCAAACACUGAUUUUUCUGGUUACGACGUCGAUGUUCAGCAAGCUGCCUCUCCUGAACACUGUCAGGUGUUGUGCUCCGCUCACCCACAAUGCACUUACUUCUCUUUUGACAGCAAUGGAUACAAAUGUUAUAUAAAGAACAAUCCAAAUGAAAUGGUCCCCAGAUACGUCGGAGGUAUCACAUCUGGACUGCCUUCACAAACCUGCUCGAAGCCUAACAAGCCGGAAGCGAGUGUGAGCACAGUGUUUAGAGGAGUGGAUUUCCCUGGUUUUGACCUCCACAGUUUUCCACUGUCCGACGCCGGGUCAUGCGAGAAGGCCUGCACCUUGGACCCCAACUGCCAGUUCUACAGCUUCAUCACCACGAGCCAUGUCUGCUACCUGAAGCGAAUCAUCACCAUGCCUGCUCCUCCCAGAGUGACCAAGCAGGCCAACACCGUGUCGGGCUUCAACCUGAGGAACUGUCCCGCUUGAAUCCUGCAGCUGCAUCAAGAUGUUUAUUGGUCGGGGUUCCUACGCAACUUUACUGAAGAAAGUCUACGCUCUUUAACUAUCAAAUAUUUCAAAUGUCACCUGCUUAUUAUCCAGUGGUUCUACAAAUAAUAAGGGGAUGCUAGCUUCAAGUUUUUAUAUUAUGGUAUGGGGCCAUUUCACUGCAUGUGUUGUGGUCUAAAAUAAGUUAGUGCUCCCUUCUACUUUGAAAGCUUUGACUUUGAGAUUUUUAAAAUGGGGAUUGGUGUUUAACAUUUUUUUAAUUAUUUGCAAACAUUAAAAACUUGUGUUUUGAAUUGGGUGAGGGUCACAUUUUCACAUCCUAAUAUCAGGAGAAGUGCACUUCCUCAUUUGAUUCAGGUAAGUGAAUGUUGUCAUUCUGAAACUAUUACAACACCUCUGUAAUAUGUUACCGGAAAUAAAGUUACACAAGAAAAGAAUUACCGCCCUAAACCUGGAAAAUCAAACACAACAUGAUUUCCCAUAAAUUAAUUAGGCUAAUUCCAGAUUAUCUUCAACAAGCAAAUUCUGGAAUUGCUGUUCCUAAUACAUCCAGAUUACAGACACAUUCUUAUUAUUAAGUUAUUUGGAUAUUGGGAGUGUGAAGCACUUAGAUAUUCAUCAUAUGAUCUAAUUUAUGUUACAGAAAAUGGUUCUUUGCUGCAUCAUUUCCUUCGUAUUUGUACCUUUGCUUUUCCAACAGUAGGGGGUGCUCUCACUUGCCCUGCAGUCACUUCUUUCUCCUCUUGAUCAAAUGUAUUUCAAAGCUAGAAUAGAAAUGUUUCCUUUAUUUAAACAUCAAACAUUAGGUUCCAUUAUUACAGACGUCUGAUUAACCUACGUCCCACUGAGGCCUGGAGGAGCUGAAUAUAAUUUCUGUGGUUUAGGAGGAUAUUAAGUUGUAAAAUUUGAUGAAAGGCCUCGUAUGAAUGGGUGUCAAUGAAUGUGCCAAUAAAAUGAAUCAAAUACAAAUAAACUGGUAUUUUUGGAAGUAGCUGGGACUAAAAUAGGAGCAGAUCGUAGCUCAUCACUUGCAGUGGAGCAAAUUACUAUAUACAGCUUAGAGAUGGACGUGUGGAGAAGAAUGGCUGCAGACACAGAUUUAAAAAAAGAAGAAAAAGAGAAAUCAGGCACUUGUGGUCUCUGAAAGUGUUGGAGAAAUUGUGAUAUUAUUAAUCAAUUAUUUGUUAUUCUCAUUGAUCUUUAUAAUGUAUCUUUAAUUGAUGCUUUCCUUAAAGUUAAUCUCAUUAUAGAAUUAAGAAUGUUUCUUGUAUUGUUAAUUUACUCUGAUUCCUUUCUCAGAAGGCCUCACUGACAGAGAGCAGAAACAAAAUCUUCCUGCAGGUUUACCUCUUGGUGAAGAGCUCUGCUUCGGUUGAGUUGCUGGCCUCCAAUAAAACCAUCAUUGCUAAGAUCACUACAUAUUUUAUUAAUCUUUGUGCCUGGAAGGACAUUAUCUAGUACAGAAUGAUUGUGUGUUAGUUAGUGAAUAACAUUUGACGCUGUAGCUGUUUGCCCCCUCCCUUUAGAGCUACAGCGUCCUUGUGAUUAGGGAUCCUAGAAACAAUAAAAUAGAGGAGCAGACAAAAUGUGCUUCAGAGCGGUAGGAGAUUGUAACUGAAGCACAUCUCUGUCCGUUCUCCUCGCGAGUGAAAAAGAA